CCCCGCCCCACCUGCCUGCCCUGACUGCACAUCACUGCUCUGAAACUAUUUUACGUUUCCCCAACGAUUUCGCCAUUUUUUUUCCCCUUGCGCACUAAUUGGCCGAAAGAGCACACACUUGACAUCAUGUUUUCGAUGGGAAAAUGCAUUAGGCAGUAGGAUUUACCCCAACAGUAACAAGCAGUAGGAAAUGGAUUGAUGAACGGGCAAGAAAGGAUAGAUUAAAAAAUAAUGAUAAUGAUUUUUUUUUAAACAUGGGACGCUGGCGGGCCGUAGUUUGGGGACCCCUGCACAAAGGUGUACUUUCCUUGUACACUUACAAGAUUAAAAAUCAGCAUUGGCCCACAAACCAAAUGUAUUUUGAGGCGACUCCACUAAAAACUAAACCAUGCUAUUUUUUAAUUGGCUCAUUUUCCCUCGGGGGAGGGGCAACUGUGUUUAAAAAGAAGUGAGAGCAGUGCUUGAUGUUUUUACGAUGAGCGCACCACUUCACGCAACCCCGAUGCUGCCUAUCGGCUCCACCGAGGCCCAGUACACCAUGGUGGAAAUUGCCAGGGAGAAGCCACGCGACUACAUCUUCUACUCGCUCAUCAGCUUUGUCCACUUGGGAAAUCCAUGCUGUUUGGGAUUGGUGGCCUUGUACUACUCCAUCAAGGCCCGAGACCGGAAGGUAGCCGGAGACAUUGAGGGAACCAAAGCUAACGGCAUCCUAGCCCGGAAUUUAAACAUAGUGGCCACCGUUAUCUUCUGCAUCCUUGUCUUGGUUUUCAUCAUCGUGGUUUCUGUCUCACUAACAAGACCUCAUUCAUAUGAAUUUUCCUCGAACUAUCGAAACCGACGAGAUUGAAGACAUCCACCUAGCCUGGUUCUUUCCUGCUUUGCUUUAAAAAAAACAAAAAACAAAACAUCAAGCUAACUUGAUGCUAAUUGUGAACGCCAACUGCCAGAUUUGUGUAUUCAUAUAAAUAGUCCUGUUGUGCUCCAGAGGAGAAAAGUCAA